AUGACAAGAAAAGUGGAACAGCUGCUGAAUGUUCCAGUCACCUGUAUGAUAAGUGGAACAGCUGCUGAAUUUACCGGUCACCUGUAUGACACGAAAAGUGGAACAGCUGCUGAAUUUCCCAGUAACCUGUAUGACACGAAAAGCGGAACAGCUGCUGAAUUUCCCAGUCACCUGUAUGACACGAAAAGUGGAACAGCUGCUGAAUUUCCCAGUCACCUGCAUGACACGAAAGGUGGAACAGCUGCUGAAUUUCCCAGUCACCUGUAUGACACGAAAAGUGGAACAGCUGCUGAAUGUUCCAGUCACCUGUAUGACACGAAAAGUGGAACAGCUGCUGAAUUUCCCAUUCACCUGCAUGACACGAAAGGUGGAACAGCUGCUGAAUUUUCCAGUUACCUGCAUGACACGAAAAGUGGAACAGCUGCUGAAUGUUCCAGUCACCUGUAUGACACGAAAAGCGGAACAGCUGCUGAAUUUCCCAGUCAGCUGUAUGACACGAAAAGUGAAACAGCUGCUGAAUGUUCCAGUCACCUGUAUGACACGAAAAGCGGAACAGCUGCUGAAUUUCCCAGUCACCUGUAG